UCGCUUCUUACCUUCUUCCCAAGAGAAAUGUAAUAAUAGAAUAUAUCUAGGUUAAAGGCCUUCAGGAUGAACCUUCCCCGACAGUUUCCUUCCCAACUCUUGGUAUAUAUAUCGCUAUUCAAGACCUGUCAAUUACUUUCAACAUCUUUUUUUUCUCUUCCUGUCCUAAUUCCAUCCUCAAAUCCAUGAAGGGAACUUGCUUUCUUAAUUUCAUUCCAACUUUUUUGUUGCUAGUUUCCAUGGCUUACAGUGCAAUGGAAGUAACUAAUAUUACAGCCGAUCAAACUGCUCUUCUAGCUCUUAAAGCCCAUCUUACUGACCCUCAUAACAUCUUGCCAAACAACUGGUCCACCACUGCCUCUGUAUGCAGCUGGAUUGGUGUCACUUGUGGUGCUCAGCGCGACCGAGUGAGCGGCUUGAAUCUUUCUCACAUGAGUCUUUCUGGCUACGUCCCUUCAGAGAUUGGAAACCUGUCAUCCCUCGUUUUCCUAUCCAUUAGAAACAACAAUUUCCAAGGGUCCCUGCCUAAUGAGUUAGCUCACUUGCUUCACCUGGAGUUUCUUGACCUUGGAUUCAAUUCAUUCACCGGAGACAUUCCUCCAAGCUUAGGUUCCUUGCCUAAACUCAAAAGCUUGUUGCUAGAAGCUAACUUUUUCUUAGGCAAUUUACCAUUAUCACUAUGGAAUAUAUCCUCAUUGCAAACAAUCAAUAUGAGUUACAACCAGCUUCAUGGUUUCAUGCCCUCCAGCGUCUUCAGCAGGCCUUCACUGUAUACAAUUGAUCUAAGUUUCAAUAAACUAUCGGGUGAAAUCCCAAUGGAUAUUUUCAAUCAUCUCCCUGAAUUAAGAGGGAUCUAUUUCUCCAGGAAUCGACUCAGUGGAAGCAUUCCAAGAACUAUCGGGAACUGUACAUUGAUUGAGGAGAUAAAUUUCAGUGAAAACAACUUGACAGGUGUAUUACCACCUGAAUUGGGUGGCCUUACCAACCUGAAAACAUUGAGAAUCGACGACAAUGCUUUAAUUGGCAAUGUUCCAUCCGCGCUCUUCAAUAUAUCGGCAAUUGAAGUUAUUGGGAUGUAUGCAAAUUUGCUUUCAGGGAGUCUUCCUCCAACCAUGGGCCUUUUCAUGCCGAACCUAAGGGAGCUUCGUCUAGGGGGAAAUGAACUCGAGGGAACAAUUCCUAGCUCUAUCUCCAAUGCAUCUACUCUCGCUGUCGUGGACUUAUCCAACAAUUCAUUUACUGGUCUUAUUCCUGGCACACUUGGUAACCUGAGACAACUUCAAGUGCUCAAUCUAGCCAACAAUCAUUUGACGAGCGAGUCUUCUACACCACAGUUAAGUAUUCUCUCUGCAUUGGAAAAUUGCAAGAAUCUGAGAAGGAUAUAUUUGUCAGUCAAUCCCCUCAAUACCACCCUUCCAAUUUCCUUUGGAAAUCUCUCUUCCUCACUUGAACAGUUUUGGGCAGACGAUUGCAACCUUAAGGGGAACAUUCCUAAUACAAUCGGCAAUUUAAGCAGCCUGAUAGCUUUGAGCUUGGCAAACAACGAACUGGCCAGUGUAGUUCCAACUGCAACUGAAAGAUUGACAAAUCUCCAACUUUUGGAUCUCCAAGGUAAUCAACUAGAGGGAAAUAUCACAGAUAACCUUUGCCACUCGGACAGCUUGUUUGACUUAUCCUUGGGUGGUAAUAAGCUUUCCGGAUCUAUCCCUGAAUGCUUGGGUAAUCUGACAACUUUAAGACAUCUCAACUUAAGCUCCAAUAACUUCACUUCCACAAUACCCUUGUCCUUGGGGAACCUUGCAGGUAUUUUGGUUCUCAACCUGUCGUCAAACUUUCUCAGUGGGUCUCUCCCGUUAGUAUUCAGACAACUGAUGGUCGCGGAAGAAAUUGAUUUGUCAAGGAAUCAGUUAUCAGGUCAAAUUCCAAACAGCACAUGGGACCUUAAGAAUCUAGCCUAUCUCUCCUUGGCUACAAAUAGAUUGCAAGGUCCUAUUCCUGGGUCACUUAGUUUUGCAGUAAGCUUGGAGUUCUUGGAUCUCUCUCAUAACAGUCUUUCUGGACUUAUUCCCAAGUCCUUAGAGACACUCUUUCAUCUCAAAUAUUUUAAUGUGUCUUUCAAUGUACUACAGGGAGAAAUUCCUAGUGAGGGACCUUUCAGAAACUUCUCAGCUCAGUCAUACAUGAUGAACAAUGGACUUUGCGGUGCACCACGCCUACAAGUUCCACUUUGCAAAACUUAUGCUCUCCGAGGAUCAACAGUAACCCUCGUGUUCCUUCUGGAAUUGAUUUUACCAUUAAUUGCUGCUACAAUGGCAGCAUUAUACAUAUUCAUAUGGUUAAGAUGCCCAAAAAAGAAUGUUCGUCCGAACCUGGUCAAUACAAGGUUUACAUACCGAGACCUUGAGCAAGCAACAGAUGGAUUUGGUGAAGGCAAUCUCCUUGGGAGGGGGAGUUUUGGUUCAGUAUACAAAGGAACACUUAGAGAUGGGAAGAUUGUCGCAAUAAAGGUUUUCGAUGCUGAAAAUGAAGUUUGUUGUAGGAGUUUUGAAGUUGAGCGUGAAGUGAUGUGCAAUGCCUGUCAUCCGAAUAUCAUCACAAUUUUUUGCAGCUCUAAUGCUGUUAAUUUUAAAGCCUUGGUAAUAGAGUACAUGGUUAAUGGGAGCCUCGACAAGUGGCUUUAUACUCACAACUACAGUCUGGAUAUCCUACAAAGACUCGACAUAAUGAUAAACACUGCAUCAGCCUUAGAAUACCUUCAUUCUAGUUGUUCAAGGAUUAUUAUUCAUGGUGAUUUAAAGCCCAGCAACAUCCUGCUAGAUGAAGAUAUGAUUUCACGUUUGAGUGAUUUUAGCAUUUCCCAGUUCUUAAAACCAGAUGGUCAACAUAAUUCUUCAGGACCAAGCCUCUUUCUUGGCACAAUUGGAUAUGUGGCACCAGAAUAUGGUAUUCAUGGAAUUGUUUCGACAGAAACAGAUGUGUACAGUUUUGGUAUUUUGUUGAUGGAAACUUUCACAGGGAAGAAGCCGACGGAUGAAAUGUUUGGAGGAGAAAUGAGCUUGAGAAGUUGGAUCAUGGAGACAUUACCCCGUGAAAUAGAAAGAGUAGUUGAUCCUUGUUUAUUACAGAAUGAGGAAGAAUACUUCCAUACUAAAACCACAUGUCUAUCGGAUAUUAUGAGAUUGGCUCUGAUGUGCACUUCAGAGUCACCCGUUGAGAGGUUAAAUAUGAAAGUAGUAGUAGACACACUUGAUGAGAUCAAACGAUUGUUUCUCUGGAAUAUCUCUGGAGACGACUCUGGUGAGUCCAAUUUGGAAGAGUUAUAUCCGAAUCACAUUAGAAAUAACAUGAAAAAGUUCGUGAAAUGGAGGAGGGAAACCCUGUUGCCUAACCUGGAGUGGCGUUUGCCUGAUUACCAAUACGAGACUAACAGUUGAACGUUAGAGUCUGCUUGUAGUUAGUUCUUGUCAAUGCAAAGCCCUUUGUUCUUUGCUUAGAAAUUGAAAGAUGACAAUCAAGUUAUGGUCAUGUCAUACAUAUCUAGUUAUUGUAGUAACAAUUGGCAUUGUCCUGCUUAUUGCA